UGUUUAAAUCAUUCCGUGUCGGUGUGUUGGCUAAUUUGGUUGUGUUUUAAAUAAUACAAUAAUAACAAUGAGUUCACGUUUCGCGGUUGUCGAGCAGGGGCCACCGAUUGAGGUGUUUCUGCUAAAUAAAUUGUGUGCCGACGACACAAAUAAAAAUAAAGUGAAUCUGGGAGUUGGCGCAUACAGAGAUGAAAAUGGAAAACCAUGGGUAUUGCCUGUUGUGCGUAAAAUGGAAAAACAGAUGGCAGCUAAUGAAAAUCUGCUCCAUGAAUACCUGCCUGUACUCGGCCUUGAACAAUUCAGCAACUUGUCAGUUUCUAUGCUGUUAGGUGAAGACAGUCCUGCUUUGGCUGAAGGAAGAGCUUUUGGUGUCCAAACAUUGUCGGGAACAGGAAGUUUAAGAGUUGGUGCGGAAUUUUUGAACAAGCACCUUAAAUACACAACAUUCUACUACUCGAGUCCAACAUGGGAAAACCAUCACCUCGUAUUCGUGAACUCUGGCUUCACGUCACCACGCACUUACCGCUAUUGGAACCCCAAAACUCUGGCGAUCGACUUCGACGGAAUGAUCGAGGAUCUACAGAAGGCGCCAGAGAACUCUGUGGUCAUACUGCACGCGUGCGCACACAACCCGACCGGCAUUGAUCCCACGCAAGAGCAGUGGAUCAAGAUCGCUGAUGUUAUGCAGGAACGCAAAUUGUUCCCGUUCUUCGACAGCGCGUACCAGGGCUUCGCGUCUGGUGACCUCGAGCGGGACGCGUGGGCGGUGCGCUACUUCGUGAAGCGCGGCUUCGAGCUCGUGUGCUCGCAGUCGUACGCGAAGAACUUUGGGCUCUAUAACGAGCGUGUCGGCAACCUAGCCUUCGUAGUAUCGGACGCCAAACUGAUCCCCGCUAUGAAGUCGCAGCUCACGUGGGUGGUGCGCGGCUCGUACUCCAACCCGCCGGCGCACGGGGCGAGGGUUGUGGCCAACGUGCUCGCUGACACCAAGCUGUUUGACGAGUGGAGAGACCACAUCAAAAUGAUGUCUGCCAGAGUAAUGCAGAUGAGAGAAGCGCUUCGUGCUGAGCUUAUCAAACUGGGCACACCAGGAAACUGGGACCACAUAGUGAAACAAAUCGGCCUCUUCUCAUACACGGGUCUCACACCGAAACAGUGCGAAUAUCUCAUCCAAGAACACCACAUUUAUUUAUUGAAGUCCGGACGUAUCAACAUCUGUGGCCUUAACCCAAGCAAUGUGCAAUACGUAGCAAAGGCCAUCAACGACGCCGUCACAAAGUUCCCGGCUGAAGAGUAAUGCUUUUUUAUCAUUAUAAUCAUUUUGUCUGUGUGAUUGUACAAUUUGUGUAUUAUAAUAUGUGGAUCGGGCAACACAGUCAUUUUAUUUUAUCUGUAUUCAUAAGAACGUCACAACAACGAAUAGUGUUUAAAAAUAGAACUGUAGUUGUAGGUACGGUUUGUGUAAUCUGUGGUUGAAAUUGCGCGGGAAAUUUGACAGGCAGCAUUUAUUAUGGCGGCUACUUUACGCUGAAUUGUACGAUCGCACACACAAUCAGCUUUUAAGUGAGAUUAUUAUUUUAAUAAAAGGCAAUGAAUAUCGGAAAUAGAACAAUUUUUAUAACUAUAUACAUAUUACAUUAUAUAGAUGCUAUUAUUUAUAUACACGUUUUUUAACUACAAGAGAAUAGUGUGAAAAUAGAACUAAACCCACUUGCCUUAACGCUUAUAAAUAGUAUAGACUCUAAUAAUAUAGCAUUUUAACAUUUAUAGUAUAAUCCAUUUGGAUACUUUUUCUUUUAAUUCGGUUUGAGAUUAUUGCACUGCCGCAAGGGACGAAAUCGUGUUCAAUUUAAAGUGAGGGACCUUUUUGGUCGAUAUUUUUAUGAAAGCUGGAUAUUUUCUUGUUAUUUGUUAACUAUAAUCGAGUAUUUAUGCGCUUUUAGUUAAUGCAUGAUUAAACGUGAAUAUUUAGAGUUCCUUAUUAGUUUAUUUGUAUCAACAAUCAUACAGUGUUUAAUGUAAUCAAAUGUUAUGUUUAUAUUUAGGUGUAUAACGUCUAUGAAACUGUAUUAUUGUAACAUUCAAAUAUAAUUUGUGUUAAUUUUUUAUAAUAAAUUCGUGAUCUACAAAUUCCCAGGCGCAUAAUAUGAUUGUGUAGUUUUUUUUUAUUUAGUUCCUUGUAAGAAAUGUUGCAAAUAUAAUCUCAGUUACAA